AUGACUCAGAGCUUCGACUUCGGCUCACUGAGCUGCAGUGUAACUUGUCAAGUGACUCAGAGCUUCGACUUCGGCUCACUGAGCUGCAGUGUAACUUGUCAAGUGACUCAGAGCUUCGACUUCGUCUCACUGAGCUGCAGUGUAACUUGUCAACUGACUCAGAGCUUCGACUUCGGCUCACUGAGCUGCAGUGUAACUUGUCAAGUGACUCAGAGCUUCGACUUCGUCUCACUGAGCUGCAGUGUAACUUGUCAAUUGACUCAGAGCUUCGACUCCGUCUCACUGAGCUGCAGUGUAACUUGUCAAGUGACUCAGAGCUUCGACCUCUGCUCAUUGAGCUGCAGUGUAACUUGUCAAAUGACUCAGAGCUUCGACUUCGGCUCACUGAGCUGCAGUAGCUUCGACUUCGGCUCACUGAGCUGCAGUGUAACUUGUCAAGUGACUCAGAGCUUCGACUUCGUCUCACUGAGCUGCGGUGUAACUUGUCAAGUGACUCAGAGCUUCGACUUCGGCUCACUGAGCUGCAGUUUAACUUGUCAACUGACUCAGAGCUUCGACUUCUGCUCAUUGAGCUGCAGUGUAACUUGUCAAAUGACUCAGAGCUUCGACUUCGGCUCACUGAGCUGCAGUAGCUUCGACUUCGGCUCACUGAGCUGCAGUGUAACUUGUCAAGUGACUCAGAGCUUCGACUUCGGCUCACUGAGCUGCAGUGUAACUUGUCAAGUGACUCAGAGCUUCAACUUCGGCUCACUGAGCUGCAGUGCGCAGGAACCCAACAUCCCAUGCGACAUGCGAAAUGUGGCGACCUACUGGUCUCACGAAGCCACCUCUGGCGCCCACUACCAGCAGCUGCACACCGUUGCACACCACACACACCACGCAACAAAGAGACACUCUACGUCUGCAGAGUGCGCCUCCUCAGCCAAGAGCAGUCACGUGGCAACAAGUGGGGCUGUCGCGGAAGAGCGACACCAGCGAAAUGUCACCGCACUUCAUAAACGUGACGAUUCAGAUUUCCAGACGCCUGGACACCCGUCGCACUGGAGUCAGGCCUCACCUUUUCGACAGUGUCAGUACUGA